AUUUUAGUAACAGAAAAAAUGAAAACUGAACAGCAAGAAAGGAUGGAAAAAAAAGUUGUCACAAAAGAUAAAAAGAGCAUCCAAGUUGAAGAAAAGAUUAAAAAAGAUGUAAAAGAAAAAAAACCUGAGGCCAAGGCACCUGAAAGACUAAAGACCAAAGAAAUCAAAGCACCGGAAGUUACAACACCAAAAGCCAAGGAAAAAAAGGAGACUGCCUUGGCAGUCAGAGAAAAAAUCGAUCAUAAAGAUCAAUUUGCAUUCUGUCGUUAUAUGAUUGACAUGUUUGCACAUGGGAAUGUGUACACAGGCUCGUAUCCUCCCCUAUUUUUGGAACAGACCUCGGCAAUCACAGCUCUUCUCCCAGCUGCUGAAGUGGGAAAGCUUAAUGUGACAGCUACAAAAAAAGUGGAAAAAGGAAAAAAGGUGGUUCAAGAAAAGAAAGCUAUUCCACAAGUUAUAAGAAAAGAAGAAGAGAAGAAAAGAGUAACUGCUGAGAAGAAAGGUGUUCCUGAAAUUAAAAAGAAAGAAGUAGGAGAAGAAAGAAAGAUAAUCCAUGAGAAGAAAGAUGUUUCUGAUAUUCAAGCAAAAGGAAAAAAAGAAGAAAAAAGGAAAACUCCUGAGAGAACGACACUUUCUCUGGUUAAAAAGGCAGAUACAAAAGAAGCCGUUUCCAUGAAAGACCUAAAAAAGCCAGCAAAAACUCCUGUAUCCCCCCAGCCAGUUUCCAUAAAAGUGGCAACACCAGCAGACAGGCCAAAGAAGGCUGCACAUGUGAAAGAAUCUGAAACACAUAAAAAAGAAAAGCCAAUAGAAAUAGCCAAAGUGCCAAAGAAACAUGUGCAUAUAAAGAAAUCUGAACCAGACAAGAAAGAAAAGUCAAUAGAAAUAGCCAAGCUGCCAAAGAAGGCUGUGUAUGCAAACAAAACUGAAUCCCCCAAGAAAAAAAGGCCAUUAGAAACAGCCAAAGUGCCAAAGAAAGAUGUGCAUAUAAACAAAACUGCCAAAGUGCCAAAGAAAGAUGUGCAUGUAAACAAAACUGAAUCCCACAAGAAAGAAAAGCCAUUAGAAACAGACAGGCUACCGAUGAAAGCCAUCCAUAUAAAAGAAUCUGAACUCCACAAAAAAGAAAAGCCAAGAGAAAUGGCCAAAGUGCCAAAGAAAGAUGUGUAUGUAAACAAAACUGAACCCCACAAGAAAGAAAAGCCAUUAGAAACAGCCAAAUUACCAAUGAAGGAUAUCCAUGUAAAAGAAUCUGAACCCCACAAGAAAGAAAAGCCAAGUGAAAUGGGCAAGGUGCCAAAGAAAGAUGUGCAUAUAAACAAAACUGAACCCCACAAGAAAGAAAAGCCAAGUGAAAUGGCCAUAGUACCAAAGAAAGAUGUAAAUAAAGCCAAAAUACACAAGAAAGAUAAGCUAACAGACAUGGCAAAGCUAUCAAAGAAGGAUGUGCAUAUGAAAGAAACUGCACCCCAGCCCAAAAAGGAUAUCCAUAUUCAACAAUCUGAAUCACAUAAAAAAGAAAAGCCAAUAGAAAUAUAUAAAAAGAAACAUGUGCAUGUAAAGGAAUCUGAAGCAGACAAGAAACAAAAACCAAUAGAAAUAGCCAAGCUGCCAAAGAAGGCUGUGCACGCAAACAAAACUGAAACACAUAAAAAAGAAAAGCCAUCAGAAACUGCCAAGCUGCCAAAGAGUGAUGUCCACUUAAAAGAAACUGAAUCACGCAAGAAAGGAAAGUUGGCAGAAACGGCUAAGCUGCCAAAGAAGGAUAUACAUGUAAAAGAAUCUGAACCCCACAAGAAAGAAAAGCCAAGAGAAAUGGCCAAAGAGCCAAAAAAAGAUGUGCAUGUAAAUAAAACUGAAGUAAAUAAGAAAUGGAAACCAGUAGAAACAGCCAAGCUGCCAAAGAAGGCUGUGCAUGCAAACCAAACAAUAACACAUAAGAAAGAAAAGCCAAUAGAAAUAGCCAAACUGCUAAAGAAGGAUAUCCAUGUAAAAGAAUCUGAAACAGACAAGAAAGAAAAGCCAACUGAAAUAGCCAAGCUGUCAAAAAAGCCUGUGCAAGCAAGCAAAAUUGAAAUACACAAGAAGGAAAAGCAAAAAGAAAUUGCCAAGCUACCAAAGAAGGAUAUUCCUGUAAAAGAAUCUGCUGUUGGAGGAACCCACAAGCCAAAAGCUUUACAAGAAAAGAAAGAAGAAAGCCCUAGCAAGGCAGCGGAACAAGAUAAAUCAGACUCUAAAGAAUCAAGUAAAGUGUGUCACAAGCCUGAGAAAGAAAAAUCAAUGAAGACCAUGGAAACCCAGAAGAAAAAGGAUAUCUCAAAAGAAAAAGUGAAGCCUCCUAUUGCUGUCAAAGGAAAAGAGGCAGCAAAAUCAAAUGAUGCAAAGCUUCCCAUUGCUGAGAAAAAGAAAGAAACUGACAUUAAAAAGGGGGAAAGCCCAGCUAAAACAGCCUCCAGCAUGAUAAAACAAACCAAGAAUAUUUCUCAUCCUGACAUUACAGGCAAGGAGGCAGAACAUAAACCACCAAAACAAGAAGUUCUUGGGCAAAAAAAAGGAGCUCAUCUAGCAAAACCAGUAGAAAGACCAGGAAAAGCAACAGCUGAUCUCAAAGUUGCAGAUGAAAAAAAAGCAGAAAAAUCUUUGAGAGAAAAGAAGGAAAAACAUGGAAAAACAGUUGAAAAGACACCCUUGAAAGUAAAACAUAACAAAGUUCCUGCAGAAAAAGCAGUCCCUUUUUAUCACAAUGUGACUACAGAAAAACUUUCAAAAGCUGCAAAACCAGGAACUGCUGUCCGUUACUAUCAAUGUGUCUUUGUAAAUGGAUUUAAUGGUUACACACCUCGAUAUUCUGUUACUCAAGAAAAACCUGCUGAUCCCAAGUUGAAGGCGCGGAAACAAUAAUGUCCUGCAACCUGUGACAUUGCAACAAUUUUGCACUUUGAACCUACUUCAGGGGGUCACCUGGAAGUCCACUUAGCACCUGUGAUAAUGGAAGUAUGAUCAGACUGAUCACAUGCACCUGUAAAGGUUGUCUCUUGGUUGUUAGAGCACCAGAGACAAUUUUAUGGCAUUAUAUGAUUAAGGAUAUCCAUACUACUUCCCUGAAUGAAAGUAUGGUGCUGAAAGAGUACUUGACAGUAAGUUCUGUGUAUGUGUAUAGGUGUAUGUAUAUUUAUAUAUCCUGUUAAAGUCUGUUUCUAGGUUCUGUUUUAGACCUAACUAGUAUGGAAAACAUUUUCCAUGGUAUCAGUUUUGGAAAAUGUUGAAAUGCAAAUAGUCAUUUGCAGUACAGUUUGCAAUCUACGAUAGUGUUAAAUGAAAUUGCGAGUCAUUCUGUAUUAAACUUUUAAGUAACCAGACUCUAAUAAUAAAACAUAUGUUCUACAUAUGAUUUCUUUUUUGGAAAGCAAGCAAUAAAAUGUUUGCUAUUUACAUACUAGAGAGAUAUUUGAAUUAAGCGCAUCAAUUUCUCUUUACUUGCUAUUUGAAAUAACCGACUGAUAUCUCAACAUCAAAAGAAAAAUAUAAUGCUUCCAAUGAAAAUGUCUAAAAAUGUUAUUCUGGCUGCCUAUUAAAAUAGGUUUUGCUUUGUAAAUAAUACUGUAUCUUUGUAAGUAGUUGUUCCUAACUUCUAUUAAAUGUAUUUUGUGUAUAUAAUUUUAUACUUGUUUGCAAUGUCAAACUGAACAAAUUAUGUACUGUUUUUACACCAAUUGGAUAAGGACAACUCUUAACACAAAAAUUACAUCUGAAGUCUUUAACUGAAUCAAUUUCAUAAGUUUCUAACAGGAGACUAUUGUUGAAAUGCUGAUAUUUAUUUUGAAGAGAUGUACAGGGUUUAGGUAACUAUGCCUAAAGAGGUUGAAGCAAUUCAUGACAAUGUUUGGUUUUCCCUCUCUCUCUCUUUACCUGUUUCAUCUUUUCAUGUCUUGGUCAUACUAAAAUAGGACUGGAAUUUAAUGCUACCUAGGCAAUUUCCAUUACUGUAUUUUCAACCCAAUCUAAUAUGAUUCUCCCAUUGUGAAAGUAAAUUUAUUGGGAGAAAAACAAAUACAGAUAAAUGGAAUACUUGAUUACUAAUAUUUCUGUAUUAGACUGAAGGCUAAAUCACAAACAAGUGAUUUAGGAUCAUUUUGAUAAAAAUAAAAGAUUGUACUACUUAAAGAAUGUACUUUGGACGUACAGGCUUAUCCCGCUGCUGGAUGAGCAAAAUGAGGAGGUGCGUCAACAAAGCAGAGAAUUAAAGACUAGACUGUAGUCUUUAUGAAAUAUGGUUUUGACAUGUCACAAGAUAUAUGCAUUGAUUGAAAGAUGAUUGAUCUUGUUAAUAUUGUAUCAUGAUUGAUGAAAGCAUUCAAACUUUUUAUAAAUGAUGAUACCUCACAAGUGACAUGAAAACGUUUGACUGUGCUUGAUUAUAUGGUAGAGUUGUAGAGUUGGCAUAGCAUUAAUGUGAUCAACUCAACCAUAUCAAGAAUUAUGAUCCACCAUGAGUGCAGAAGUAUAGAAGUUUCAGAAUGUAACUUUGAGAUCUGCCUCUUUUAGAUGGUUCAUAUCUACCUCUGAUCUUCCUAAAACAGAAACCUUAGGCUUCUGUUCACUUUUCCUAUAAUUCAUUUAUUUUGCUAUUUAUAGCAUAGUUUUAGUGGCUUUCCAAAGACCUGCAGAUUGAAAUGCGUGUUUUUAGUCAAAUCGCACAAGGUUGCUCUAGAGUUGUAUUGAAAUUUUGCUAAUUGUAGAUAAACCUUACUUAGAUGAUUAAAAGCUGUUUAACUGAGAUUUAUUGAAGCAUAUCCCAAUUCCCUAUAAUUGGUUCAAGUGCAAUAGCAUAUUUGAGAAGACAUUUCCCUUUGGAUAUCCAGCUGACUCAGAGAAAUUCAAAAUAUAAAAUCUCACAUAAUGGUCAAUGUUUCCAGAAGCAUUAAACAUUUGCUUAAAACAAAAGUUUCUUAUUGCCUCCAUCCAGACAUCAGAUUAAUAAAAAAAAAUCUUGCCAUUAUUUGAAUUAUAUCAGUUUAUCCAUGUUUUAACUGUUGAUUUGCAAAACAAAAUAGUCAAGGGUAUCAUAGUAAGGACAGCUCAGUUUCAUUAUUUGACAGGGCAGUGAUUCAUGAUAUUGUUAUUUAUCUUGAUAUUUUAAUUAAUACCAAGAAUCAAAUAGUAAUUACUGUGGUCUUUCUAUGUGGCAUAGGUUCUUUGAAUAGUUUGCCACACAUUAACUUAAAAUCCUAAAUUAAAUUUCAUUUCAUGUUCUACUCCUUGAUAAUGCUUUCAGUGAUGUUUCUUUACUUGGCAUCCACAUAAAGGUUUGAUGUUAAUAGACAAAGUUUUCAUCAUAAAAGCAGUGGCCCCAUUGUGCUGUUGUGCAUAUAUUUCUAACAGCAUAUAGGGAUGAGAAGUACAACAUUUCAUGGUAUAGCAGACAAAAUAACCCUACAGCACCACAGUAUAAAGAACAGAUAGUAGGGACACUUCCUAUAUCUUAUUGAUAAGGACAAUGGAAAAGAAAGAGGUGCUUAUAUUUUUAUGUCUGUUUUUACUGAUUCUGUUUUUCACCACCUUAAUUUAGCUUACUGUUUUUAUUGGGUAUGGAAAUUAUGCCAGCCCCUGGGCUAGCAUAUUUCCUUUCUAUUUUGUGGAUAUAUUCAGAGACCUGGGAGUUUGAACUGAUAGCACUAGAUGUGGGCCAUGACAUCUCCUGUUUUUUUAGCUGAACUUUCAUUUUUCAUUAGUUAGACAGCCACAAAAGCAAAAGUAUAUACUAUCACACAAUGAUGUUCCUCAAUGAAAAUCCUUAUUGGACCUCUUUCUCUAUGGAGGACCAUCUCUUUUUCCACAGGGAGGAAGGUCUAUAAUAUUUUAUUACUUGUAGGAUACCACUCCAGAAACUGUAGUAGUGUUUAUUAAAAGUACAGUGCCAGCUAAGCUAAACAAUUACUGCCAUAGUCAUUUUCCUACAUCUACGCUACUUAGUCCUUUAUGAUAACUAUACUAUUUCUAUAUCUUUAAUCUCAAAUGCAGGCCUUUUUUCACAAUAGAAAUCAGGGAGUGAAUGUGUGACAUCCAUAAUUUCUGGUUCCAUUUCGUUUAUCAUGAAUAGAGUAAGGGAGAAAAAAAGUCACACUGGCUAAAAUAAUUCUUGUAUUCCUUAGUUUUGAAAAUAAGAAGGAAAAUACCUCUAAGAAUAGUUUGUCAAGUCGUCCACUGCCUUUUAACUGCCGCAGAUGUCUUCCAAUUGUCAAAAUAAUAUACCAAGUUAUAAGCACUGAAAAUAAGGCUAUCUCAAUUCAAAGAAAGACGUAAUGCUUUGUACAAUUUUUUUUUAAGGCAUCCAGAUAGAUUUAUGUGUAUGCAAAAUAAGUAGAGGUGUAUUUGAAGGUAAGAUCAAAAAGGCCUGGGAAUGAUUAGAAGUAACACAGGCAGGGUCUUGUUUUAAACAAGAAGGGAAUGAAAUAUUUUAAUGGAUGCAAAAAGAAAUGGUAAACAUAAGAAUGGCAAAAUGAAGAGAUAUAUCACUAUUGUGAAUGGAUGUAGUAGAAGGAAUGCUGAGGAUUUUUUUUGAGGUGUUGCAAAGCAAUGAGUGCAACACAGAUGGGAAGAAGAAACAUGGUAAAUAAAGAAAAAUGUUUGAUCUUCCAUCUUGAGAAAUAAAGCCAAGAAAAGAAGAAAAGCUAACGCAGAUUGUUUUUUACAAACUAGAGAAAGUACUGCAGAAGGGACUUCGCUGUAAAAUAGUCAGUGGUGUUUUUCAAUUACCAAAAUAGAUUUAUAUUUAAGAACACAGUGUAGCAUUGCGGAUGACUGCGGUAUUGGUUGCAUGUAGAGAAUCAGGUGAUGGAUUUGUUCCAAUUAAUUGAACACCAGUCAAACAUAACUUUUCCCUUCUUACAAUUGUGAGACAUAUACUGUAUUUGGUCAAUAAGAAGACUGAAAGGCCUGCACAUUUUCUACACAUUUAUGAUCAAUGUUCUCCCCUAUUCUCAGUACACAAUCAUGAGUUCCAAACUCUCAUUCCUUAACCACACCAAGGAAUGGAAGACUAUGACUCAGUUGUCAAUAGAAGAUACCUAUCUCUCAUUCACUCUAAUCUUUGGUAUAGUGUCUUGAUAUAGGCCUAUCUAUAAAUACCAGGAAAGCAGAGAAUAAUCUUUGUUAUAAUCUAUAGCAUAGUAAACAAUAUUGUGCUCAUGGACCCUUCCUUUGUACCUUCUAGAAUCUAGAUUCUAGGCUGCAGAUGACUUCUUUUUAAUAGGACCUUUAAUUUAUAACGAAGCAAAUAUUGCCAUGUUACAAGCACCAGGUACUAACAUAUGGAUCCUGUAGAUAGUCUUAGAAAAUAAAAACGUUAGGUAACUACAGCUUAGCACCUGGUUUGGAAAUACACUCACCUUUCCAGAAAAAAUAGAAAGAACGAAAGAGGAUGUGGGGGGGAGAGAAACUAGAGGUAAUUACAAAUGAGAUGUAUUUUAUGACUGGCUGUACUGACUAUGGCAGGCAUUUGUCAAAUGGAAAAGUCUAUCUGUCAGCCAUCUGUAACAAUGUUCAGUACGCCAAAAUGAUAGCCUACUUCUGAGCUACUCCAUGACUGUAGGUAGUCUGAAUUUAUAGCUUUAUGCAAAAAUAUGUAUCACACCAUACUGACAACUUUAUAAAAUAGAAAAGAGAAGAGCAAAAAGUUGUGUAGACUGAGAAUGUGCUGAUUGGUUGUGAAUUUCUCCUAAAUUGAGAGAACUGCACAAAAAGGGUUUUAUGAUUUUCUGAAGGUGCAGUAUUGAUCUGAAAAAUAUAUUAGAAUAUAUUUAGAAUAUGUUUUAGGCUUCAGUCCUAUAGACGUUUAACCUCUAGGGUUAUUGGAAUUAAGAAAUAACUGGAGCUCUAUCCAGUGAUGUCUUGCUCUGAUCUAGCAGAAAAUACUCAUACAACAGAGAGCUAUUUAGACUAUCAAGAAAUAUUCUUUUGUUUCACAAUUAUAUUUAAUGACUGCUACUGGUAUAUGUUAAAAUGUUGGUACUUACUGAAAUUUAAAUAAAGUUUUUAAAAUAAGCAACAAAAAAGAAUGCUAAGGACAAGAAUAUUUUGCUUUUAUAUUUAUGUCUUUAUGUCUUCAUUUUCAUCUUAACUUUGUACAUACUUUAUCAAUACUACAAAUGUUUUCCUUUCAAAAAUUAUUUCAUUUUUGGUCUCCAAGUGACAUCUUAUAUAGAAAAUGUUUUUAUCAUGAAGAUACUGCAUUGACUACAGAUUGUAAUUAUUUAUGUAAUACUUCUAAACAUGGAAAGAAUAAUUGUUGAAUAGCUGGAUUAAGAUGCAAAUUUGAAGCCCUGUAUAUUUCCAAAGCGAAUUUGAAAAAAAGUGUUGUUAGGUUUCUGUCAAAUUACUGUUGCAAACCUCACUGAUAGUCUGUAAGUGAGAAAAUAUCAAGUAUUUUCAAUAAAAGGGAAAUGUUUUC